AUGGGAAGCGGCAACUCCAAAAAGAAACGGGGCUUGUCGGCGAGCACCACAUCCGGAGGCCGCGACAACUCGUCGGGGGCCGUGUCUCCCGCGCAGUCAUCUGAUGCCCAUAGCGGCGGCACAAAUGAGGGCCCAGAGGUUAUACUGAAUGUAUACAACCUACAGGGCGGGCCCCAAUCACGCCCGCGCUCCAUCAACGAGAGGAUCGGUCUCGGCGUCUACCACAGCGGCAUCGAGGUGUUUGGCAGCGAGUAUGCCUUCAACGGCUACACGGAUAGUCCACUGGGCGUGUGCGGCAUAUUCACGAGCCCGGCAAAACACGCGCUUCCAGUGCAGAUGCUGAAGGAGAGCGUCGUGCUCGGCCGCCUGCCGCCUGGCACGGGGUGGGCAGAGAUCAGCGCCAUCAUCAACAGAAUGCGCCCAGCGUGGGACGCCCGCACGUACCACCUGCUGCAGCGCAACUGCAACCACUUCUCGCACGCCUUCCGCGACGCCCUCGCCGCGGCGUUCCCACAGGUAAAGCUGAAGCGCAUCCCGCGUUACAUUAACCGAGCCGCGCGCUUUGGAGAUGUCAUUAUUCCCUCCGCGCUCUCCCGUCAGCUGAUGGGUGGCGCUAUGUCCCCGCAGGUACCGCCACAACAACGGGGCUCACAGAGGGCAGCGACAGCGGAAUCCGGUCGCGGCGAGAAUGGCCAUGCGGGGUCAGGGGAUGCGGCGUCUUUUCCGAUCCCCUCCACGCGUGAGGCGAUGGAGGCCAUGACUGUGCGGGAGCUCAAGACGAUGAUGUGGGUGAACGGCAUCUCGUGGGAUGGCUGUAUCGAAAAGGUAGACUUGAUUCAGGCUGUGGAGGCGCACCGGCGGCUCCAGGGCGAGCAGCAGCAGCAGCAGAAACAGGAAGCUGCACAGAAGCAGGCGAAAUCUAAGUCUUGUGUGCAGAAGUGA